AUGACAAACAUGUUAUUGAGACGCUCAAGCUGUGCUUUCCAGACGAGCCUGUCGGCUUUACGGUCCAAUCGAACACGACCUGGCCAUGUUCGACAACUAGCAACUGCGGCAUCGAGUGCAGAUGCGUCUAAUCUACCUCUUGCCGGCAUCAAAGUCCUUGACAUGACAAGAGUGCUCGCUGGACCGUAUUGCACGCAAAUACUAGGUGAUCUUGGAGCGGACGUGAUCAAGAUCGAACAUCCAACAAGGGGAGAUGACACACGAGCAUGGGGGCCGCCCUACGCCAAGUACACCGAUGAGCAAGAAGGGCCGGGAGAGAGUGCAUACUACCUGGGCGUCAAUCGCAACAAGCGGUCGAUAGGCCUGUCCUUCCAGCAUCCAGCUGGUGUAGACAUUCUACAUCGCCUGGUCAAGGAAUGUGACGUGCUCGUUGAGAACUACCUCCCGGGAUCUCUGGCAAAGUACGCCAUGGACUACGACACCGUCUCAAAGAUCAAUCCGGGUAUCAUCUACGCCAGCAUCACAGGUUACGGACAGACUGGACCGUACAGAAACAGAGCAGGCUACGAUGUCAUGGUUGAAGCCGAAAUGGGUCUAAUGCAUAUAACUGGAGCUCGUGAUGGGCCACCUGUAAAAGUAGGCGUAGCAGUAACCGAUCUCACGACCGGUCUCUACACCUCCAACUCCAUCAUCGCUGCUCUCUUCCGGCGCCUGAGAAACCCAAGCAGCAAGGGCCAACAUAUCGACGUCGCCUUGUCAGAUUGCCAAGUUGCCACACUAGCAAAUAUCGCCAGCUCUUGCCUCAUUAGUGGGAAGCGCGACACUGGGCGCUGGGGGACCUCACACCCGUCGAUCGUACCGUAUAAAGCCUUCAAGACGUCUGACGGGGAUAUCUUGCUGGGAGGGGGUAACGAUAGACUGUAUGGUGUGCUAUGUAACAAGCUGGGAAAGCCUGAAUGGAUUAUUGAUGACAGAUUCAAGACGAACGCAUUGAGGGUUCAACACAGGGAUGAAUUGGAGGAACUUAUUGAAAAAGAGACGAGAAAGAAGAGUACGCAGGACUUGCUAGACUUGCUAGAGGGAAGCGGAAUGCCAUACGCUGCUAUCAACGACGUACAGGAUACACUGAACCACGAACACGUCCUCGCAAGAGACAUGGUCAAGCAAGUAGAUCACCCAGCAUGCGGACCUAUCAAACUAGUCAACACGCCCGUGAAAUGGUCCGAUUCGAUGCCUGGCAUACGUCUUCCUCCACCCACCCUGGGCCAGCAUACGGACGAGAUACUUGGUGAAACACUGGGUAUGAGUCAAGAAGAGGUGGAAGGUCUGCGCAGUGGAGGAGUUGUCACAUAG